AUGCCUUCCUGGAACGACGAGGAAACGGGCUCGGAGGAGGAGUGCGAGGUCGUUAGCAUGGACAUGGGACUUAUGGAGGAACCAGACGCCACUGUGGGGCCCCUUUUCUGUGGCCAACUUGAGGUUGCUCAUCCCAAGUGCAUUCUGCACCUACUGAGGCCUAUUAAGCAUGUUGCUUUUGAAGGGCCUGAAAAUGGUGUGAAUUGUGGUGUUGUAGAGUGGGUUGAUGGGCCUUGGCCUACUGUUCUUCAGAGAUGUUUGUGGAAGCUAUGGGAAAUGUUCCAUGAGCAGAACUUUGGAAGGGUACUUGACAAGGAGAAGUUUGAGAAGGAGUUGGCCAAGCUUAAGAGUGAACAUGAAAGGGAGUUGGCCAAGCUUAGGACUGAAAAUGACAAGCUUUGCAUUGAGUACACCAAGCUUGUUGAUGAUGUAUCCAAGAUGUUUGAUUGGCGGGAUGGUAGGGUGGACAAGAAGGUGUACCAGAAACAAGUGGAGGAGGAAGAACUUGAGAAGAAGAAGAAGGAGCUAGAGGAGAAAGCUAUGUUGGAGGUGUAG